GGCUUCUGCGUCACUUCCGUCGCGACUUCCUGCGAUGAACAUGGCGGCUCUCAGCAGUGUCCGCUGGCUGACCCGAGCGCUGGUCGCCGCCCCGAACCCAGGGGCAUGGAGGGGCCUGGGCACUUCGGCCGUUUCGCACUCCGUCUCGCGGAGCCAGGCCGAGGACGUGAAGGUGGAGGGCGCCUUUCCUGUGACCAUGGUGCCGGGAGACGGCGUGGGGCCCGAACUGAUGCAUGCUGUCAAGGAGGUGUUCAAGGCUGCCAGUGUCCCAGUGGAGUUUCAGGAGCAUUACCUGAGCGAGGUGCAGAACAUGGCUUCUGAGGAGAAGCUGGAGCAAGUUCUGAGUUCCAUGAAGGACAACAAGGUGGCCCUCAUUGGAAAGAUCCACACCCCGAUGGAGUAUAAGGGGGAUCUAGCCUCCUAUGAUAUGAGACUGAGGCGUAAGUUGGACUUGUUUGCCAAUGUAGUCCAUGUGAAGUCACUUUCUGGGUACAAGACUCGACACAACAAUCUAGAUCUGGUGAUCAUUCGAGAGCAGACAGAAGGGGAGUACAGCUCUCUGGAACAUGAGAGUGCAAAGGGUGUGAUUGAAUGCUUGAAGAUUAUCACUCGAACCAAAUCUCAACGGAUUGCAAAAUUCGCCUUUGACUAUGCCACUAAGAAGGGGCGGAACAAGGUCACGGCUGUUCACAAGGCGAACAUCAUGAAACUUGGGGAUGGGUUGUUUCUGCAGUGCUGUGAGGAAAUUGCUGAACUGUACCCCAAAAUCAAGUUUGAGACAAUGAUCAUAGACAACUGUUGCAUGCAGCUGGUGCAGAAUCCUUACCAGUUUGAUGUGCUGGUGAUGCCCAAUCUCUAUGGGAACAUUAUUGACAAUCUAGCUGCUGGCUUGGUUGGGGGAGCUGGUGUGGUACCUGGUGAGAGCUACAGUGCAGAGUAUGCGGUCUUUGAGAUGGGUGCCCGGCACCCAUUUGCCCAGGCAGUGGGCAGAAAUAUAGCCAACCCCACAGCCAUGCUUCUGUCAGCUUCCAACAUGCUGCGACACCUCAAUCUAGAAUAUCACUCCAACAUGAUUGCAGAUGCAGUGAAGAAGGUGAUCAAAGUUGGCAAGGUGCGGACACGAGACAUGGGCGGCUACAGCACCACAACCGACUUCAUCCAGUCCGUCAUCGGCCACCUGCACCCCUAUGGGGGCUAGAGCCCCCUAAUUCCCUUCAACCUCACGAGGACCAUACUACCUACAUCUCCCUUCAGUACAGUGGACCAGAGAAGAGCCCUUAAACCUCUAGACCAUAAUCACCUGGGCAGAGCCUAGGUUAUCCUGGGGCUGGCUUCCUGAGGGAAACUAAUGGGGGGAGGGUAGGGAUGGGUCUAGGUCACAGGGGUGAUGACAAUUCUCCCCCACAGGUUCGAACUCCUGACAUGGGUGGCUAUGCCACCUGCCGAGACUUCACUGAGGCUGUCAUUGAUGCCCUGUCCCAACCACACCCAUGUAAAGGUGUUAAAUAAAACAUAAAUCAA